AUGAGCUCCAUGAUCGAGGGGAGUGAGGAUGGGGCUCGAGAGGAUGAACCGCAGUUUGAGAAUAACGACCAUGAGCAAUUCCCUGUAACACCGGGGUGGGAAGCCAAUAAUGAGGACGAGCCUUUAUCGGCGACCAACAGUCGGGAUCCUGCUCUGAGGGAGUCGGAUUCUGCUCUUCACAGUGAAUCCGGCGAGGUGCUAUCGGUACAUAAUCGUGAGGUCAACAAGGGAAUUGGGAGCGGGGAUGAUUUCGGAUCAAUACCGGAUGACACUCCGUCGGUUCAAGAUUCAAUUUUGUCAUCGAGAAGUAGUGCUUUUGGCCUCCGUGGUUCACCGUCUAACCUGAGCUCCAGCCCUCAUCGUCCGUUCGAUCGGAGAUUUCAGUCUCGUCUUUCGGUUUCGCUCCCAGGCGCCUUACGACCACGGUCCCCGUCAUUAAUAGGACCUCAUUCACGAAACUCCUCAGUUAGUCACGUCAUUUCCAGCACCCCAGAUCUACUAGAAAGCCCUGCAGCACCAUGGGAAGUAGUUCGAUGGACGAAGCUCAGGAAAAUCACUGGUCAAGCAUUUUCGGAAGUGGGCAAGCGGAACUUCGGCCAACCUGCGUGUAUCUCGAUCUCUACCGCCAUUGUCAUCGGGACGGCCAAGGGUAUUAUAAUGGUGUUUGACUACCAGCAAAAUCUAAAUGCUAUCAUUGGACCGGGAACAAAGGCUAUUGAAUCUGGUCCAAUCACCUCCCUUGCAAUUUCCGCUGAUCACACUACAAUUGCGGCUGGUCAUGGCAGUGGCCAUAUCUUUACCUGGGAAAUUUCGAAACCCGCGCGCCCAUUUCUGCACAUCCCACCAAUACCAACCGGCCAGUUGGAGAACAAGCGGACUGACGGUCAUAUAUCAGGUGUAGCGGUUAUCCACCUGGGUUUCCUGGGCACAAGACACACUGCGUUAGUCUCCGCUGAUGACCACGGUAUGGCAUUUUCACAUCUUGCGAAUAGAGGUAUGGGGGCAGUUGGCCGAGUUGUGCGCACUACACGUAUUUUGGGACGUUAUCCCGAUGCGGUACUGGUUGGUGGCCGACUUCGAAAACCAAGCUCCGUCCUGGCAUUUUCUCCUCUGCCCCUAGGUAACGUCCCACAAGCAACGGACCCGAUAGGUUUGGUUGCACUCCUCACCCCGUAUCUUCUCGUGAUUGUAUCAACGACACCCGUUGCUCGAACUCAGUAUAAAGCCCCUAGGCCAAAGGAAGUUGCUGCCCACAGUGCUCUGACGGCCGCGCUUGCUUGGUUUCCGGCCAUAAAACUGAAAGGGAAAAAUUCCGAAGCGUCGAAGACUAAAUUGGUUUAUUGUUGGUCGAAUGUGCUUACAGUAUUGGAGGUUUCGGAAGUAAAGUCUCCUGAACCUGCGGACAAGGAUAGACCCCCCAGCUUCGAAUUUAAACCGCGAAGUAGAUGGAGAGCGGAAGAAGGGAUUGUUGCUGUACAGUGGAUAAGCCGUUCCGUCCUUGCAGUGAUGACAAUAACUCAGCAGCUGCUAAUCUUGGAGGACAACACCUUGCGAAUGACUGAUUCCUUUGACCUCAUACACAAGCACAUCUAUCACGUGGAUAUAUUUUCGAAGCAACUCCACUCUCUCGUUGAGCAACUGGAUGAGGAAGAUGAAUCGAUGCAUGGAGUAAUUGCGGAUGCUUUUUACAUGAGCUUUAGAGCAUACAAGGGACGACUAUUUCUACUAGGCGUCAAUGAUAUGUCAGUCGGUAGCCUGUCAAAUUGGGCUGACAGGUUACUAUCUCUUAUGGAAGGUGGCGACUUCAUUGGUGCCAUUCGACUUGCAACCUCUUACUAUACAGGCAAUACUGAAAAACUUACCGUCGGCCUCCCAGAGGAGGAUAAUUUGCGCCAUCAAUUAGUACAAGAGAAGUUGUUGGAAAUGAUCUCCGCGUCCAUCAGAUACGCAUUUGGAAGAAAUCAAGAAGCACCCAACGAGCGCCUCAGUCCAAGCCAGCUUGAGGAGCUUGCUGAUUCCUGCAUUGCAGCUUGCGACGCCCUGCAAGAUUAUGAAUUUUUAUUUAACGAAGUUUAUAGUUGGUACGAGGAAUGUGGUUCCGAAGGUAUAAUUUUGGACACCCUCGAACCUUACAUCGUACAAGGCAGUAUUCGAACCUUGCCUCCUACCGCAGUUAAAUCAUUGAUCACCCACUACAUAACGAACCAUACCGCUACUCGACUGGAAGAAAUCAUUUGUUUACUUGAUACAUCAACGAUUGAUAUUGAUCAAGUUACGUCGUUGUGUAAACAACAUAAUUUAUAUGAUGCGUUCAUAUAUGUGUGGACGCGUGCGUUAGGCGAUUAUGUUGGGCCACUUGUUGAGCUCAUCCAUUUGAUUCACCAACAUACGGCUCCUAAUGUUAAUGGAAAUGCAGAUGUCAAAGCAAAGGAUCUUUUUAAUGCGAUGAAGAUGUUCCCUUACCUGUCGUAUGUGUUGACUGGCAGAAUAUACCCCACCGGAGAAGAUUUACCUGAUCUUGAAGCUUCGAAGGCGAAAGCUGCCAUUUACGAUUUCCUUUUCUCGGGAAUUUCAGUGACUUCAAGUUCAAAAAAGGCUGCUUCUCAGGACUCCUUUCUUGACCUUCAAACGAUCCUUGAAUUCGAUACGCCUAGUUUCAUGAGUAUGCUUAACGAAGCCUUCGAGGACAGUUUCUUAAACGAUGCCACUGAUCAAGCCAGCAAUGGAGCAAUUAUGCCAACUUCUAACGAUUCUCCUACCCAUGGCCUAUCUAUUAACCGCCAAUACUUAAUCAGUAUUUUACUUGAAAUUAUGGAAUCUUCCAACUUUGGCCUAGAGAACACCGUCUAUCUUGAUAUGUUUAUUGCCCGGAAUCUGCCCAAAUACCCUCAAUAUAUCCUCCUAUCGGGAUCAACGCUGCAACAAAUACUGAUGAGAUUAUGUCGCUAUCCUAAUCCGGAAAUGAUAGGCGACUGCCAGCUCAGCGCUUUUGUGGAUAUCCUGAAGGUUGGAGAUCUCAAACUUGAUGCCGUACUUCCUUCGAUGGAAAGUAGCGGGGUUAUCGAUGCAGCCAUAAUCCUUCUGGCGCGUCAAGGGGAAGUACGUGCUGCAAUGGACCGGCUGAUCAAACACCUUGGAACCCUUGAGGCUGGCCUGUCAGGGUUAUUGCAGAACGCAAAUGAAAGCCCUGAUUCAGCAAGCAUGGCAGAAGCGGUCGUUGAUCUUAUCCAGUCCUUGGAUAAAUAUACUCAUGUUGGAAUAUGGCUCUGUCAACAGCAGUCGAAUGCGUCUAGACAAUCUCGGGGCGGCGGCAAAUCGAAUAAAACGGGUGCGGCAACUCCCAAGCUAGAGCUAUCGUUCGAGGAGAAUCUUUGGCUCGAUCUUAUUGAAAUGGUAGUCCGCAUAGCUCGUAAUAUGUCUUCUUUGCUGAGGGAAAGUUCGCCCGACAUCGCACGAGAUACCCUGAAUCUUAAGCCCGAUGACACUAGACCUGGCGAGAUUUCCUCAUUCUUCCGGGUACUUGUUCAACAGGUGUUCACUGCUCUGUUGACAAGCACCACAAAAUCCGGCGACAGACCCAGUGGAAAGUCCGACAUGUCCUUUUUACUCAUUUUGCGAGCGUUUCUCACGCGAGUAGCUGCUGCUUCACCAUCUCUUUCAGAGCUUCGAUCUGUGAUUGCAUCAAUAUUUUCUGCAUACACUUAUGAGGAAUCUCUACUCUCCCUCGCUAAUGCAAUGCUAGACAAGGACCUUUUUGUGCAUUGUUUGGUUGCCGACAUCUCUAUCACCGAACGUGUCUGGUGA